UUAUUUAAUUUUUGUAUUUUAUAUUAACUGGGUGUUUGUGCCUUCUGCUGCGUAAUUUUUUUAUAAUCUGUGUUUUAAAAAUACAGACAUUACAGGACACUUGAAGUCAAAAUCCAAUUUUGUAGAAAAGUAUGAUGAUUUUGUCACACCUUUGGUUGUGUAUUUUUGCUACUCCCUGACAGGGUCUUAAUGGCCCUGAAGAUACUGCAGUGAGGGAUCUAAUGCUUCUGAAAAGAAACAGGAUUUUAGGUUUCAGCUGAAUCCCUGUCCUGAACUGGCUGACCUUGCUGCCCACAGAACUAAACUAUUUCUGGCUUGCUUUUCACUGGGAAGAUUGGAGAAGUGAGGGGGAGAAAGAAGACUCAAAUUGAUGGCAGCAACAGGUUUCUUCUUAAUGGGAUUUUUCAGUCUUGACCAAGGUAGAAGCUGGUCUUUUCCCGAGUAAAACCACUAGAUGGCAUUCCAGAAGAGGAGUUUGCUAAAGUUAACAAACACAAUUUUCACAUGAGAAGUAUUAAGGGAUUACAGACUGAAUGAGGGCUAAUGCUGUCACAUGAGUAAUGAAAAUGAAUGGAUUUCAGUAGUAAGUAUUGAGCUGACCUGAGGGGAAACAAAAUAAAAUAAAUAAAUUUUAAAAACCUGAAGUCUAGUAUGAAUGACAGUGACAUGAAAUACUGGAGGAGGAGGAGGGGGGGAAGGAAUAUGGUAGCAACUAUUGGAGUUCUUUCUACUCUUCCAUAACUGAACUCUCAUCCAUUUGCUGAAACUCUCUUCUUGUGCAGUUAUUUUCUCUACUUCUAAAGAUGUAUUUGUCAUGUGAUUUAAAACAGCUCUCCUAUAAGCUCAAUUAUUGUGAUCCAGGGGAGAGCAAGUUAUUUUCAUGGCUCACUGCUGCUGAAAUUUGAUAUAUGGCCUUUUAAAAAUUAAUUUCACAGAUAAAGGCACGCUCUCAUCUUCUCCUUUCCACAAAUGCACAUAUGUGUCCUCCAUACAGGUCCUAAUUCAUUCCAAGAGGAAUAUGCUAGUAAGGCAUAAUUUGAAGGCUAACUAGUGAUAAUGCUUGAUUUUUCUCUUUCAAUUGUUGGAAAUACAUGAUGAUGCAAAGAAUUUUAUUAUCUGUUGUAAAAUGGUUAGGUAAAUCACUGAAAGCUUUGAGUUAACAAACUUUAGAUCCUUAAAACACUUCGAGAUUAUCUGAAGUCAUGUGAGUAAAAUAAGUAGUUUAUCUGGCAAGGAUGGGGACCUAGAGACAGAGCCAGUAACACCAGAAACACAACUUUCCCAUCAGCAGAGCAAGUACUGAGGUUUUUGUCUUUCCUGGCCUGCCAUCUGUGCUGCUUAAUCUAUCCUGAGUGGCUGUGUUCUGAACCUGAAACCAAAACCAAUAGGAGAUGAGUGAAAGCUGCUUUUUAUUAUUUUAAUAUUCAAAGCUUAUAUGCUGUUUCAUUAGGAAAAAAAAAGAAAAAUCAUUUCAACUUGAAAAUGAGUUUGAAUGUUUAAUCGGCUAUAUAACAGUGACAAAGUGACACAAAUGACAGUCUCUGUAGGAUUGUGAUCCUAUUCUAGGAGUUCAAACAAGGUUUUAGAAAAAACAGCAUUAGCAGUGGUAAUGGGAAAUUUCUGUCCUUUUGAUGGGAAGCAGACCCACGUUCAAGUGCAAACAAUGUCUGGGAAACGUGGUAACAAUCAUCAUGGCAUACAAUUAUUAAGUAUCCAUUUAAAUUCAAUGCCUGCUGAAAUGUUUUUUUUUAAGGAUUCUCCUGGAAGUGCAACAAAGAACUGUACAUUUCACAUCCAAAAGUUGUGCAAUGUGACUGUCCCUUCAGUUUUCUUGUAGAAUGCUGAAAACAUUUGGAGGAGUCGUGUCAGAAAUAACACCUCAGACACCAGGAAAUAUGGUUUUCAUUCUGAUUUACGUGUCUUUAGUUUCCACUUUACGGUCUCAGUGCUCACACCACGGACCCUCGUGGGAGAAGAGCACUCUUGGGCACAGCCCUGUCACGGGUGAGCAGUGCCACACGGCUCCGAAGUGACGCUGCGCUGCACGGAGGCUGCCAGCAUUCACACACCAGACGCUUUCUCGAUAUCCAACAGUUCUGGGCGUUUAGUAACUUCUGCUACUACCUACAGCCCAAGGAUGUGAGGUGUUGUCAUGCACUAGUGCCGCUAUGGGCUGAAAGGUUAAAAGCAUGCAACUGAUGCUUUAGGAAAUGGAAGGUGCACCAGAUGGCUUUGAAAUUGUUACAUCAGAAGGGUCAGGUGCAGAGCAAUUACCUGCAUCCUCACAAGGGACAGCAGUCGGAGAGGCUGGGGACCCAACAGAGAAACCUCUGCUUCCAGAACCUGCAGGCACUGCACAGUUGGAGGAGUCUCCUCAAAAUUCAGUACUACCAAAGAAUGCAGAAAAAGGGACUCAGACAGCAAACAUGAUUAAGGAUAAUGAAACACUUAAGAAGACUAGGCCUAAUUUUAAUGAAACUGUCCAGUCUAAGAAUCAGAAACAUUUUCCUGGGAAAAGCAUUCAACAGAAUUACCACAUGCCUGAUGUCAUAACUGUCAGAGUACAAAGAGGUUUGGAUUCAUUUCGAGAAGUAGAUGUAAAAAUUGAAAGACCUGCCUAUAAUAAACCUUUUCUGGGUGGAUUUAGGAACAUGUCAACAGGAGUGGAAUUUCAUAAUGCAGGAUCACAAACAAAACCAAUAAAACGAUCUGACAAAGGAAUUCAGUUAUUUUGUAAGGAAACACAGACGGUUGUGGAAAAAAACAAGCGACAACAAACAAGAAAUACAACAUCGACACAGAUGACUAAAAUUGGCCUUUAUGUAUCAAACAUGACUGACAAACUAAUAACUCCUGGAAAGUAUUUUACAGCGGAGGAAUACCAUAAACGUAGACUUGAAGCAGUAAUAGUAUUACAGAAAAAUUUCCGUCGUUGGCAUGCUAUGAAUUUACUACAAAAUCUGAAGGAACAAAAGAGGUUAAGGCUGGAACAGGAGGCACAAGAAGAAUUACAGAAAAAAUGGGAGAAAGAAGAAAAAUUGAGAAGGGAGUAUGAGAAAAAACUGAACCCUAAAACAAAAGAAGACUUUGAGCUACUGUUCCAUGACUUGGAAUUAUGGAUGCAGGAGGAGACUGAGCGAAUUAACAGAACUCUUACUGGAGCUGAAAGAAAGGCAGCGCUUUGUGCCCUUCUGGAAGAAGAGACACAGCUCAUUGCUUGCAUUGGUAUGCACAAACUCGAUGCCAAUUUGGAAAAUCAACAAAAAUCAAUAUUGCACCUUCUGCGUAAGUGUGCACAACCUAGGAGGUGGAAAGCAUUUGAUGGAAAAAUCACUGAAAUGGAUACACAGAGCACGCUCCGUGGCAAAGAACUUCUUGAAAUCUACCGCAGCAUUACCACAAAGGACAUCCCAAAAGAUGAGAGAACAUCUGUGCUGCUAACAGUCAAAUGUACAGUGAAGGAACAUGAAUGUAAAUUAACACAGGAAAUAGUGGCGUUAAUUGACAGGGAAAUUGAUCUUAUGUCAAGAGAAGUGAAUGAAUGCAACUUGGAAGGACUGAGGAAAAGAAUUUGUACAUUAUUUCUUCAGUAUAUCAAAAUUCCAGAGGUUAACCCUGAAGUUGCUGAGUUACUUAAGGUUCCACAAGAUCCCUUAAAGCUUUAUAAAAAAGUAUACUUCUGUCAUAGCUGUGAAAAUUACUUAGCAUCUACUGAGUUUCCCGUUGCCGCAAAUUCCCGCACCAUUGGCAGAUGUCGCUCGUGUUACCGGCUUGAUAAUGAGGCUCGGCAACGAGAAGCAUAUCUGAAGUACAGACUUAUACUAGAAGAUCUCAGAAAGUCUGAAGUUGAUUAUCAGGAUGAUAGUAAAAUUGUUUUCUUAGUGCAGCUUCCAGAUAUGCAGUACCUGAUUGAGAACAUAUGGAACUGCCAGUCAGCUCUCAGUGCCUCCAAUGACCUGUAUGAUUUGGUCAUGGUUAGGUGGGAUAAGCAGCAUGAGUGGUCCCCGUGGAACACUAUUCUUCUCACUAAAGAAGAGGCAGAUGCACAUCUUAAGCUGUGUAACCUUCAGAAGACUUAUGAAGCUCCAUUUAUUCACAAAAUAGAACAAAAGCAUAUCCGGGCAAAAAACUACUUUGCUCAGAUUCCUGUGAUGUCAUCAUUUUUGCAUAGAAGUAACAAUCAGGCUAAUGCAAAUUCCUACCAAAACCAAAGUCCUUUGAAGUUAAAGAAGUGAACUAAAUUCCUCGGUUUUAAAGAAAUAUACUUUUUCAUUAAUACCCUAAUUGUAUUACACUGAUCAAAAUAAACUUCUAAGAAUAAAAUAUGUUUAUCUCAAUCAAUUAAUUUAACUGCAUUUCAAGUUUUGUAACCUCAUUUAAAAAAAUAAAACGUUGUUAAAGAACUUUGUAAAUUCUCAGUUUUUAGAGCAACGAUUAUUUUUCUGUCUGUUCUGGCAUUGCUUGGAACAUUUUGUUUAUAGUGUAAUAUUCCUGUUGGGCAAAUUCUGUUAUUUCUUUGUCACCCUUUAAUUAGAAAAUUAAUACUAUAGCCCUGUAUUAAAUUUAUUUUUCUUGUCUUAAGCACAUAAGGCAGAAACCCCCUCAAACCCUGGAUUCUUACAGAACAACAGAAUAGAUAUAGCUUUCCAUAGCUGCUUUUCCCUGCAAACAUUUGUGCAAAAGAACAACUUUACAUUUUGAAGCUCAUCUAGAUGGUCAUAGUGGAACUGCCAGCAUGUAAUUACUGUAUCCAAGAUGUUGUAAUUAUUAUAAUUUGAGUAUUUAAUUUAAAUAUCAUAAUUUGAAAUACACAUUUCAGACUGUUUGAAAGAUGUUUAUUUUUGAGGCAUUUGUAUUAUUUGAAGAAGUAAAUUCUCCCUAUAAUUAAAAAAGUUUAUGUUUGAUCAUAGUUACAGAGAAAACAUGAUGUGGUGAAAAUUCAAAAAUCUAAGAGAAAGUUGCAAGGUUCUUCUUGAAACCUCUAUUAUAGAUGUGGCUUUGACCCAGACUUCUACUGUAACAGAUGAAACUACUAGGAAAAAGCAGUAGCAUUUACAAAGAUAAAUCAGCACAUAUUUGGCAACAAACAGCUGGAAACUGAAUUGAAUCCCUCAACAGAAUAUAAACUGUAGAACCAGUACCUGCCUGACCAGUGCAUUUUAACAUCAGUGGAACCUUUCCAUUGAUUUUACCAUUAAAUUCAGAAUUUUUAUUUAAUUAAAUUCUGGAUUUUAGUUUAGUACUGAACUAAUUGGAGAAUUGCAGCUACAUGAGCAUUCCAGCUGACUUAUGUGCUUGCUGACAUAUGAGCCUUAAGAUAGGAAUGGCUGUUGAGUCUGAAUUUCCCUCAGAGUGAUAAAAGGAGUUUUGGAGUAAGUUAUGGGUUGAAUGGCAAUGAGCCACAUAGGUAGGAAUCUGCUUCUUUAUAAAUUUGUUUCCUUCCUUAAACAAAUUUUUUAAAAGGUAAUUUACAACUCCAGAAGGAUGAUUUAAAUAAAAAGUGAGGAAAUAGCUCAAAGAAAUGUGAAAGGCCAGUAGUCCAUUGAUUUCAAAUGCAAUGCAGUGUUGGAGGUUUCUGGAAUCCUAGAAUCAUUUAGGUUGUGAAGACUUUUAAGAUUGAGUCCAACCAUUAACCUGACACUGCCCAAUUCAUUAGACUGUGUCUCUAAGUUCCACAUCUCCAUGGCUUUUAAAUCCCUCCAGAUGUGGUGACUCCAGUGUUCCCCUGGGCAGCCUCUUCCAAUGCUUGACUACCCUUUCAAGUGAAGAAUUUUUUCCUACUAUCCAACAUAAAUCUACUCUGGUGUAGCUUGAGGCCAUCUUCCCUUGUCUCUCGACUCUUCACCAGCUUCAGUGCCCUUCUGUGGACAUGCUCCAGCACCUCAAUCUCUUUCUUUAGUGAGGGGCCCAAAACUGUGUUCAAGGUGCAGCUUAAUAGUGAACAGCAUCUGAGAUGUGACCUCACCUCUGCUGGGUACAGGGGGACAAUCCCUGUUCGCGUGCUGCUGACCACACUAUUUCUCAUCCAGGCCAGGAUGUCAUUGGCCUCUUGGCCACUGGGCACACACUGGCUGAUAUUCAGUCAUCAACCAGCACCCCCACGUCCUUUUCCACUGGGCAGUUUUCCAGCCACUCUGCUGCCAGCCAGAGCUCUGGAGUUGCCUGGAGUAGUUGUGAUAAAAGGGCAGGACUCAGCAUUUCUCCUUGUUGAACCUCAUGAACUUUUAUCAAUCUCUGUCCAGAUCCCUCUGCAGAGCCUUCCUUCCCUCUGUCAGAUCAGUGUUCCUGCCCAGCUCAUUGUCUGCAAAGGGAUUGAGGGUGCCCUGAUCCCUUCAUCCUGAUCAUUGGUAAAGACAUUAAUCAGGACUGGCCCUGUAUACUGAGCCCUGGGGAACACCACUGGUGACUGUGUGCCAGCUGGAGGUAAACUCCAUCACCAUCGUUAGCCCCUUCCUGGCAGUGCCAUGUAGUCACACUGUGAAAACUUCUCAGUAAAUAGUUAAAAAUUUUUGCUGGAAGUAUAGUGAGUUGGAUGCUUGACUAUUUGAAUAUUUGGAACGUGUUAUUCCACAAAAUAAGUGUCUUCUGACUAAUGUCAUCCUUCAAAUCAGUGUCCAAAAAUGGCAUUUGAAAGCCUGAAAAUUGAAAGUUUUAGAGGGUAUGUUGUAUGGAAAGUGAGCUGGUGCAAGAUAGAAAAAGUAUUUUCAAUACUUUAGAUAGCUGAGUUACUUGUUAGGGCAAAGCCAAGUACAACCAAGAUAAUUAAAAUAACAUAAAUUUUAAAAAAUGUGUCAUAAUUGAAAUUAGCAUAAAAUCUUUCAUGUUAGUGGUCUUUAGUUGCUAAUUUUAAUGAUUAUAAUUUUUGUUGCUAUUGUUACUGAAUUUAAAACCAACUACUUUACUACUUUUUGCCCAUAGCAUUUAUAAUUGUAUUCCAUUUUGAGAAGGAAUUAAUUUUAAAUUUUCUCUAAUAGUUACUGUAUCACUUCGCCUGUUUAUAUAGGUUAUAUGAAAAAAAGGUACUAUAUAAAUAUGAAGAAUGAAAAUUUUCUCUGUAUCAGACAGUGGAGAAUAUUGGGAAAGCUGGCUGAAAAUAUCAGAAUCAGAGUAAAGCUACUACAUUUCUAGAAGUCAUUGCAUUUUAUCAGGAAAAGAAAACUGUUCAGCUAGAGGGUCAGUUUCUAAUAGAACUGAGUAAAUUCUUUAAAAGCACAGCUGAUCAUCUUUGCUUGUAUUUCAGAGAGUUACUCAAAAGAUUAAAAGGUUUUAGAAUCUGUUGGUAUAAAAGGCCUUUUGGGGCAUAGAUCCUUCCAGGAUAAUGAGAAUAAAAGACUGCAAAGUAUCAGUACCUCUUCAAAGAAUAGAAUGUGAGGUGCAAUUCUAUCCUUCAUUCACUUCUGGUAAGUGGCUGAAGUAAUAAGCUUUAUUAAGUCUCUUAAAUCAUACUUAGAGGUUGAGAUCACGAGGAGUCCAUAUUCCUGAAACACUCCUGAAGGGCUGAUGAGAGGUGCUGGGAGUGACUCAGUUCUUUCCCAAAGACUCUCACUCCCAGGCAAAGGGGUCAGCCUGUAUGGCAUGUAUGGUUCCUUCUGCACGAGCAGACACAAGGCCAAUCCACAACUUCUCUUACUUCACAGGACUCUUCUGAGCAGGAGUUUUGGAGCAUGAGGCAAAAUUUGCCUUCUCCCCACCUCCAAGACCACUGCCAAUCCAUUUCCAGAGGGAAAGGCUCUACCUUUCUUCCUACCAAAACCCAAAAUCAUCCAUGUCUUGGAUUCUUUUAAUUAUUAUUUAUUUUUAAAAAGCCUAAAUUUAAAUAUGUCUUUUAGAUGAGCUGGGAGAAGAUCUUUAUUAUGCUGCUGUAGUACCAUGUUAGCUCCCAAACCUGUUGCCUAAAGAUGAAAUUUGCAUGCCAAAUGGAUGGGAGUUAUUUUUGUCACCUAUAUAUAGAUAGUUCUAGCUUAUCUUGUACUGUCAGUUGUCCUUAUUACAACAGUCAUCCCUGCGUGUCUUGCAGGCCUAAAUGUACCUUUAUCAUUCACACUUCUUUUUGAAUCCAAUUUUUUCACAUCAGGAAUGUAGAAUUCUGAAGUUGAGAGUUUUGGUGAGGGUUUGUUUGUUUGUUUUUGCAUUUAAAAAGCAGCUCAUCAGCCAAAGACGUUAGGGUCCCAUCGUCUUGGUCUUUUAUCUUCAAUUUUUUUUUAUGAGUCCCAUCUUUCAGCUUCAGCAGGAUAAGAAAUAUAGAUUAUGUGUGAUAGGCAUACAAUUGUAAAAGAGAGCGUGUAAAAAUCCAGAGAAAUGGAUAGGAGUAGAAUGUAAGAACAAAGUAUUUAAUAUUUUAAUUUUCUUGAAAAUUAUUGUAGUUAAGGGGGGA